ACCCACCCCCAAUUUCAAACACUCCUUGGAAAUGAGAAAAUCUUGUGACAGCCAAAAAUGACAAAGUAGAGGCAUAAAUGGAAAAGCUAAGGGAAGAUGACAGAAAGAGGCAGCUGUCAGACUUGGUUGCACACAAAAAUUUCUUGGGGACCCCUUAAAAAUCCUGAAACCCAGGCCACACCCCAGAUCAAUUAAAGUACAAUCUCUGGGGGUGGGACACAGGGAUCAGUAUUUUUUUAAGGUCCCCAAGUGAUUCUAAUGUGCAGACUAGUUUGAAAGCUACUGCUCUACAAUCUACCAGUCUGUCAGUUAACAUGUUUAUGAAGCAGUGUUAUUUUGGUGUUCAUAGAACCAGACUUAGAAAAUUCUGUUAUAUCCCAACCUUAAAAUAUUCUGUAGAAUAGCUCUAUAAACUUACUGAAUUGCUAUGUUGUACACCUGAAACUAAUGUAACACUGUGUGUCAACUAUAUUCAAAUACAUAAGUAAAUGUGUUUUAAGAAUACAUAGGUAUGAAGGAUAAGUCUAGAGGAGCAACGUAAGGAAGACAUGCUUCAGUCACCUAAAGAGAAAAUCUUCCUAAACCACUAGCAUCUGGGUAGCUGUUCUUAAAAAAUCUGGAGCUGGUCAGUGGAUGUGGAACCUCUUUGAGGAGUGACAAAUGUUCUAUAAUUACACUGUGGUGAUGGUUGUAUCCUUUUAGUAUAUGUGAAUAUACUAAAAAACCAUCAAAUCGUGCAUUUUAAGUGAAUGAAUUGUAUAGUAUGUGAACUGUAUCUCAGUAAAGCUGUUUUUACCAUGUAAAGAUGGGAGAAUCACACACCUCGCAUAAAAAAAUCAAGUCAGGGGUAUGUAAGAUUAAGGCUUUAAGAUGUUCCACUGCUAGUAAUCAACUGUAUGCCUGUUUGUUGUGGUGUGAACUUGCAAAUAUUGAGAGGUCUAGUUCUUGGAUAUGAAAGGCAUCAGUAAAAGGCCAGUUUAUGGUCAUACAGAUGACAGGAUAGUAGAAAAGUCAUUUCAGAUGUUAAUAGAGACUUUAUUUCUUUCCAGACAAACCAGGGGUGGGAGUGGGGGGAAUCCUAGUACUGCACAUAGUAGUUGUUUAGCUUUAGGCAUGUCUCUUCACUUCUCUGAACUCCAGUUUCCUCAUCUGUAAAAUAAGGAUAACAUCUUUCAAAAUGGUUUGUGUAAGUUAAAAGUAGGGCACAGAAAGCAUAGUGAAUAUGAAGUAUUCAUGUAAAGUCUUAAGUACUCAAUAACUAUUAUUGAGCUAAUAAUAACAGUGAUUCACCAUUUAUUGAGCAUCCUCAUGUGCAAACAUAUAGAAGAUGAGAAGACACACUUCCUGUCAUUAUGGUGUAUAGAGUACCAUAGGAAACAGAUGCAAAAAAAAAAAAAUGACAGUGAAGAUCUGCAUAACACAAGAAGGUGUCAGAGCAGAGGGAAAGAAACACCUAAGCCAGCCUGGGGAAAUCAGGAAGACUUCAUAGAGGUGGUGAUGCUUGAGCUGAGAAGUUAAAGUUGAGCUGAAAGCUAAGAAGUUAAGUUGAGAACUAAAAGGGAGGCAGGAAAAAGGCCCUUGCAGGAAAUUUCAUGCAGAUGGGUAAUGAUAUUUCAUUAUUACUGGACCUUGAAGUACGUUUGUAAAACAGUCUUGGCAAGAGAUAAAGUACAGCAAGUAGGCAGGAGUUAGAUCUUGAGUUACUUUUAUAGGCCAGACCCAGGAGUUUUGAUUUUAUUCUGUAUUGGUGAUGGUCACUGCAGAAUUUUGAACUCAUACAUGUAUGAUGCAUCUAGGUUUUUUGUUUUAGAGAGUUAAUCCUGGUACCCAUAAGUAAAAUAAAUUGGGGAUAUUGCUGCGGAAGACAGAGAGAACAGUUAAAAGGCUGUUAAAAUGUUUGAGGAGAAGAUUGAUAAAUGCUUGAACCACUGCAGUGGCAGUAUAAAUGGAAGGUGUUGACUGUAGUGUUAUCGUCAGGACUUGUUGAUUGACAUGAUGUAGGGAGUCAGGGAGAGGAAUGAGACAAGCCGGGCUCUGCCUGUCCCUCCCUUUUGCUGACUGAGGCAGCUGGGUUGAUGGUGGUGCCAUUCACUGUGAUAGUGAAUCCUGCCCCAAGCACCUGGUAGGUCAGACUGAUUGAUACCUCCAUCAUUCCUAUGGGAGGAGGGUUAGCUGUUUUUUGGUAGAAGAACACAGAAAGCCAGAUCCCUGUCUUCAAGACCAGAAUAUAGGUUGUUGGCUUCACCAUAGUCAGAAGGAUAUUCCUGAGGGUCACGGGUUUGGUUAAAAAUCUGGGGAGGAUAAGAAACCUGGGUUUUGCUGGUGUUUUUCGUAGCCUAUGGUGACCUAGGUGAGGAUUCAGAUGAGUUAAGAAAUCUUAUGUCCAGAUAGGCUGGAUUUUUCUCUCUCUGCUCUGAUGUGUUUGUCACUAGGAUAAUAGUUUGCAGGUAACUACAGUAUGAGAUGAUCUGUGUUUCUGUGUGUGUGCAAAGUGGUAGCCAGGCUCCUGGGAGGGUCUAGAUCAGGGUGGGAGUAGAGCAAAUCCAGUCUCCAGCUCCAAGAGGCACCCUGGGGCCAAGUGAAAAGCUUGCUCCUUUGAAACUGUCUCUCUUAGUAAUUAACAACAAAUCAAGCUUACCAUGGUGUCAAAUAAAGGGGAUUUGUGGGCACAGUGCUGUUUGUGGCUGAUCUCAAUCAUUCAAGGAAGCUAUUAAAUCUGUGAACGUUAGCAUUCUGCCAGGUAAUGAGAUCUAGUCCUUAGUGCCUCCCAGGCACACUGAUUCUUUACUGAUUUGGAACAUCUCCCUCUCCUGGCUCCUUCCACCUUGCUUCAUCUCCUUCUAUACUGUCCUUGAAAUCAAUGAAUGGUAAUUCAGUGUAUCACUAGCUAGUGUCUGAAUAAGAGAGAUUUGGUUUCUGCUGCGCCUCCUGUUACAACAGAAACGUGCACUGCAUAAAUGUUAUUGGCUACAUUAAUGUGUAAGUCUUUCUGCAAGGAGAUGGAUAUGUUUCUGAAUAAUCUGCAAAGGGGCAGAGUUUUGAGUAUAUGGCACUGCUUCUAAUUAGUUGUUGCUCUAAUACAAUCAGACUGAGGCAGAAACUACCCAUUUAGAAUAUUGGUGGAUGACAACAACUGGCUUGGACAAAGUGACCAGUCUCAAAUGGCUACUCCUCUCUGGGCUGCAGGUUGCUAGGGCUCUGGCUGGCUGUUUUCCCCCUAGCCGAAAAGGGGCGGGGUAAGUUUGUGUGUUAGGGGGAAAAAAGAACAUACAUACAUGUUGUCUGCCUCUCAUAGAGAUAAUAAACCUAUAGAAAGAAAUGCUGUUAAGUGGGAGGAAGGCGAAAAGAUAGGUGGUUUUUUGUUUUUUGGGUUUUUUUUUUUUUUCCUCCAGUGCUGCGACGCAUUAACCCUGCUGCUAUUGGGAUGUUCUCUGUUCAGCCUAUUGGCUGAGCCCGGGAGCUGCUGUCUGCCAAUCGGGUGGUGGAAGGCAGACAAAUCUACCCCGCCACCAGCAAAAACGGCACGUAACCCUUGCAGCGCCGGCCCAGCCGCGCCAGAGCUGGCGCCACGAAAGAGAGAUAGGUGUCUCCAGCUGCUGUUGCCGUUUGGGGCGGGUCGGCUUCUUCUGCUUCCCAGGACCAGGUAGAGGGCUAGCGGGAGGCAGCAAUGCUCCGCAAGGUGGGAAGCUGGGUAGAAAUCUGCUGGGGGGCUCCCCUUUUGUUCCUCAUUUGCCACCUGGGUUACGUUUGUGGGCAGAUCCGCUACCCGGUCCCAGAGGAGUCACAGGAAGGGACUUUUGUAGGGAAUGUCGCCCAAGAUUUCCUGCUGGAUACAGAGAGUCUGUCAGCUCGUAGGCUGCAGGUUGCUGGAGAGGUGAACCAAAGACACUUCCGUGUGGAUUUGAACAGCGGAGCCCUGCUCAUCAAGAAUCCAAUUGAUCGAGAGGCACUGUGUGGACUCAGUGCCAGCUGCAUCGUGCCCCUGGAGUUUGUAACCGAAGGGCCUUUGGAAAUGUACCGAGCAGAGGUAGAAAUCGUGGAUGUGAAUGAUCACGCCCCCCGAUUUCCUCGGCAGCAGCUGGACUUGGAAAUUGGGGAGGCAGCUCCUCCAGGACAGCGUUUCCCCUUGGAAAAGGCUCAGGAUGCAGAUGUGGGGAGCAAUUCUAUCAGCAGCUAUAGACUAAGCUCCAAUGAACACUUUGCACUGGAUGUCAAGAAGCGCAGCGACGGCAGCCUGGUCCCAGAGCUGCUCCUGGAGAAGCCUUUGGAUCGGGAGAAGCAAUCAGACUACCGCCUGGUGCUGACUGCUGUGGAUGGAGGGAACCCCCCGAGAUCUGGCACCGCAGAGCUCCGGGUAUCUGUGCUGGACGUGAAUGACAACGCCCCAGCCUUCCAGCAAUCCAGCUACAGGAUUAGCGUGUUGGAGAGUGCCCCAGCCGGCAUGUUGCUCAUCCAGCUCAAUGCCUCUGACCCAGACCUGGGUCCCAGUGGUAACAUCACCUUUUCUUUCAGUGGUCAUACCCCUGAUCGUGUGAGAAACCUCUUUAGCCUUCACCCGACUACUGGAAAGCUUACCCUUCAGGGGCCCCUAGACUUUGAGAGUGAGAGUUACUAUGAAUUUGAUAUUCGGGCUCGUGAUGGGGGUUCUCCAGCCAUGGAGCAACAUUGCAGCCUUCGGGUGGAUCUCCUAGAUGUAAAUGACAAUGCCCCACACAUCACAGUGACCUCAGAGCUUGGGACUCUUCCAGAGAGCGCGGAACCUGGCACUGUAGUGGCACUCAUCAGUGUGCAGGACCCUGACUCAGGGUCAAAUGGAGACGUAAGCCUCCGUAUUCCUGACCACCUGCCAUUUGCCCUCAAGUCUGCCUUCAGGAACCAGUUCUCCCUGGUGACUGCUGGGCCCUUGGACCGAGAGGCCAAAUCCAGCUAUGACAUCAUGGUUACUGCUUCUGAUGCUGGGAAUCCUCCUCUCAGUACCCAGAGGACUAUUUUCCUCAAUAUUUCAGAUGUGAAUGAUAACCCACCCUCUUUCUUCCAGAGGUCGCAUGAGGUGUUUGUUCCUGAGAACAAUCGCCCAGGGGACCUGCUUUGUUCCCUUGCAGCCUCUGACCCAGACUCUGGCUUGAAUGCACUUAUCUCCUACUCUCUCCUGGAGCCCAGAAAUCGAGAUGUUUCAGCUUCUUCCUUUAUCUCUCUGAACCCCCAGACAGGAGCUGUUCAUGCUACUCGAUCCUUUGAUUAUGAGCAAACACAGACAUUGCAGUUUGAGGUGCAGGCCCGGGAUCGGGGCAACCCACCUCUUAGUAGCACCGUGACAGUUCGUCUGUUUGUGCUGGACCUCAAUGACAACGCCCCAGCCGUGCUUCGUCCUAGGGCCCGACCUGGUUCCUUAUGUCCUCAAGCACUGCCUCCAUCAGUUGGUGCUGGCCACCUAGUCACAAAGGUGACUGCUGUGGACUUGGAUUCAGGUUACAAUGCUUGGGUUUCCUAUCAGCUCCUGGAGGCCCCAGACCCCAGCCUGUUUGCGGUCUCUCGCUAUGCCGGGGAGGUACGGACGGCAGUUCCCAUCCCAGCUGAUCUCCCACCACAGAAGCUGGUCAUUGUGGUAAAGGAUAGUGGUAGCCCACCACUCUCUACCUCUGUUACUCUGCUAGUGUCCUUGGAGGAAGAUACUCAUCCAGUUGUCCCUGAUCUUCGAGAAUCUUCAGCUCCAAGGGAAGGAGAAUCCCGCCUGACCCUUUACUUGGCUGUAUCACUAGUGGCAAUUUGCUUUGUCUCCUUUGGCUCAUUCGUGGCACUGCUCUCAAAGUGUCUGCGUGGGGCUGCCUGUGGAGUGACCUGCUUUCCUGCUGGCACCUGUGCCUGUCUCACCCGAUCUCGAAGGAGGGAGGGACUUCCUCCUUCCAGUGGGAUCCUCCGAAUCCAGCUAGGCUCAGAUGAUCCUAUCAAGUUUGUUGAUGUGGGCGGCCACUCUCAUGGCUGUACACCGUUGGCUUCUGCACCCACUCGGAGUGAUAGCUUCAUGAUGGUGAAGUCACCCAGUGCACCUAUGGCAGGGGAGCCUGUUCGCCCAAGCUGCCCACCCUCUGAUCUUCUGUAUGGGCUAGAGCAAGCCCCGCCCAACACGGACUGGCGAUUCUCUCAGGCCCAGAGACCCGGCACCAGCGGCUCCCAGAAUGGCGAUGAGACUGGCACGUGGCCCAACAACCAGUUUGACACGGAGAUGCUGCAGGCCAUGAUCCUGGCCUCUGCCAGUGAAGCUGCUGAUGGGAGCUCCACCCUGGGAGGGGGCGCUGGCACCAUGGGCUUAAGUGCCCGCUACGGGCCUCAGUUUACCCUGCAGCACGUGCCCGACUACCGCCAGAACGUCUACAUCCCGGGCAGCAAUGCCACACUGACCAACGCGGCCGGCAAGCGAGAUGGCAAGGCCCCUGCAGGUGGCAACGGCAACAAGAAGAAGUCAGGCAAAAAGGAGAAGAAGUAAUGUGGAGGCCGGGCCUGGAGCCACAGGGCAGCUUCCCUCCCCAACCAGCCCAGUCUCUCCUUACCUGUACCCAGGCCUCGGAUUUUCAGGGCUCACCCCCAGGAUACUGGUAGGGAUCCAGGCCAUGCUCCCUUUGGGAAACAGAAACAAGUGCCCAGUCAACACCCCCCUCUCUGCCCCCAAGGGAUUGAAUAUGCAAAGGGAGUUCUGCUGGGAACCCCCAUCUAAUCCAUUGCUGUGCCCAUGGAGGUAGUGGGGUUCGUGUAGACACCAUUUAUCACACCCCCUUUAGUUACAGCUGAACUUUGCCAUCUUCCAAAUUUAAUCAGGCCCAUCUACCAUCCCCUGCCUCCCUCCUACCCAUCCCACCCCACUCCCUCAUCAGCCCCUCUUUCUUGAGUAAGGUGGUUGGGGUGUUGAGGGUACCUGGUGACCUAAAAAGGCUCAUAGUUCUGAGGAGUUGGAAGGGCAUCAUAACCUGUAGGCCUCUCCAAUUCUCAGACUUCCCCCCCCCCCAAAGCAUGGUUUGGUGCCAGUCCUUUCAUCUCCUUCCAGAGCCCGAGACUAAGCUCAAGUUUUGGGAGACAUGGUCACCAUUCCCAUGGUACUGAUGCUUGCUGGAUUUAGGGAGGGCACUUUGCUACCAUGCCUCUUCCCAAAGGCCUCGGGACCAGUGUUUUGUUCUGUUUUUCAUUGUUUGAUGUUCCCACUGCAUGCUGUGACUUCCCCCUCCCCAAACAAGAGACUCCAGUGCAUGUUCCAAGACAGUAUGGGGUGGUAAGAUAAAGAAGGGAAGGAUGUGGAUGUGGGGGAUGGAUAAAGCUUGACUUACUGGUUAUCAGGGUCUUGUAGAAGGCUCUGUAUGUCCCCAGGGUACUGGCCGGAUCCCCAGUUCCAGCCAUAAACCAAGUACCAGGCUGGACCCUCAUUUACCACAUAAAGGCAGUAAACUUUGGGCUGAGCUUUUAGCAUGAAUGGAUUUCAGCUGGCAUUACAAUCGAAGGUUUGAGGACGUUUAGGACCAGGUCCCCUGGAGAGGUCAGAGGGCCCUCUGUGGGUGCUGGGUACUCCAGAGGUGCCGCUGGUAGAAGAAUCAGUGUGGCCCCAGCAGCAGGGGAGGGUCAGCUGGGCCAUUCUUGGUCCUUGGGUUGGGGAGGCAUGGAGCUAGAGCUGGGACCAAGUGGACAGGAAGUUUCAGCCCCGGAUCAGGGCUUCUCCACAGGGCCCCCCUGCACUCCCCAAACCUCUGUUCCUUCCUUUUGCCAGGUGCCAUUUCUUCUCUGUGAAGGCCACCGCCCAGCCCCCCCAGUCUGCCCCCUAGUGGCCAGAGCCUGGUUAAAGUCCCCCAGUGCCUCCUUGCGCAUAGACCUUUCUCUGCCCACCCCCAUCUGCCCUCCCCCGCCCCAGUCCCGUACCUCCAGCGGGGCUGCGCAAGAACCCCACCCCAGCCCUAACAGUAGUGUAGAGCCCCCUCCCCCUUGCGGCUGGUGUCGAAUAGCCAGUAGUGUAGUGCGGUGUGCUUUUCCGUGGUGGCGGGUGGGCGGAGGCUCCGCGCAGCCGUCUGUCCUUGAAUCAGCCUGCGGCGGCCCGUGCUGUGUUUUGUGCUGUGUCCACGCGCUGCGGCGACCCCUCCCCUGUACUGACUCCUAUAAGUGCUUCUCUUGCAUAGUCACGUAGCUUCCCCACCCACUCCCUUUCCUGUGUCUCACGCAAGUUUUAUACUCUAAUAUUUAUAUGGCUUUUUUCUUUGAAAAAAAAAAUUAAAAGGUUUCUUCUGAAAGGUU